AUGUACAAGAACCUGCGACAGGAAUUCCUGACAGCUCGCAUCACUUGUGCGUUUCAGCAUCUUAUGACAAGCGAUUACUUCCCGUAUGAAUCCACCCCAUUCGACGUAUCGCUAUACUUCACCUAUGUGCCUCGGCACUUGGCAAACCUGGGGAUCGUCGGCCCCACUCCGCUGCAGCAUUUGCUUUGCCUGGCACAAGGACGUCAAAAAACGCAUACAUUAUGGCCACAAAAACUAAUCCACUGGCGCCAUUUGCCAGGCUGGGCCCCUCAGUCUACAUCCAAGAUCCAGAAACGCCUGGUACCAUCAGCCCGAAUCAUUUUUGUCCGGAGCUCCUCAAAUGACUUCAUGUUUCGGUCGUCCCAAAGUCAGCGAGCCCGCAUGGUACCGGCCGUGGAAGCAAUGCGCAGUUUUGUGACCCCUGAGAACCCGGUCUACAUGCAGAUGUUCUCGAAUGGAGGGUUGUCCAAUGCCACUCAUCUACUCCAAGCCUGGAAAGAAGCUACAGGAACACCGCUACCUAUCUCGGCAAUGGUUCUGGAUAGCGCACCGGGAAAGUCGAGCUUACGAUCUGGACUAAAGGCUUUCUCUUACGCGCUUCCGAAGAUGUGGAUCUUGCGCUUGCUGGGGAAAGCUAUGCUUUUUGCUUUUUUGGUUUUCUUUAAGCUGGUUCAUGUCUUCUCCAUUUCUCCGGAUCCGAUCUCCCUUGCUCGCAAGGUUAUCAAUGAUACUUCUUUGGUGCGGGCGGCUAACCCGGAGAAGGCUCUAGCUCGCUGCUACAUCUACUCUGAUGCUGAUGAGUUGGUUGACUGGCGGGACACGGAAUCUCAUGCUCUGAAGACGGAGGCUCAGGGCUGGGUGGUUCGUCGUGAACUGUUCAAGGGCUCUCCUCAUGUUGCGCAUAUGAAGGCUGACCCGGAUCGGUAUUGGGGUAUCGUCAAGGAUUAUUUGGGACCUUUGGUUUUGGUUUGA